AUGGAAGGGCCGGGAGGUGAUGUCUACCCCAUCUCCUUCACACAAAGGCUGGAGCAGCAGGGCUCCGCCUCCUGCCCUCAGCAGCAUCGCAGGCCUCGCAUCCCCGUCACCCCACUGCACCUCGGGGCUCGACUGCCAGGCCCGGCCUUUCCCGAGCGUCCAUCCCGCGCUCGGGGAGAGGCGAUCGAGGCCCCCACGGCCCCGCGAGGUCUUCGCUGCUCCACGACAGUUGUCCGCUCGCUGGCCCCAGCCAUAGUCAAUCCCUCCGUGUACUUCGACAUCACCAUCCAUAGCAAACCUUUUAGCCUCAUCUCCUUGGAGCGGUGGACGUCGGGGGUCAGCAGCCCCUUUGUGACGGGGGUCGGGCCCCUCCCGCGGCCGAGGCCUGGAUGGGCGGGCGCAGCCCUGGCGGCUCCGGGGCCUCGAUUCCCUCUCCCCGCGGGGACCGGGCGCCCAGGGGAGGGGGUGUUCCCCCGCAUCGCGGCCCGAGGUGGAGGGGGUCCGGCGGGGGCGAGGCCUGCGCUGCUGGGCGGGGAGGAGGCGGGGCCUGCGGCGGCUGCCAGGAUACACUCGGCGGUGAAGCCUUAUGUUUGCCAGGAGUGUGGGCGAGCCUUUUCUCAUAAAUCGAAUCUCAUAAGACACCAGAGCACACACUCAGGGGUGAAGCCUUAUGUUUGCAAUGAGUGUAUGCGACGCUUUGCCCAUAAAUCAAAUCUGAUAAGACACCACAGCACACACUCAGGGGUGAAGCCUUAUGUUUGCAAUGAGUGUAUGCAAGACUUUGCCCACAAAUCAAGUCUCAUAAGACACCAGAGGACACACUCAAGGGAGAAGCCUUAUACUUGCAAGGAGUGUGGACGAGGCUUUACUCAGAAGUCCUAUCUCAUCACACACCAGAGGACACACUCAGGGGAGAAGCCUUAUGUUUGCAAGGAGUGUGGGCGAGGCUUUACUCAGAAGUCAAAUCUCAUUACACACCUGAGGAUACACUCAGGGGAGAAGCCAUAUGUUUGCAAGGGGUGUAUGCGAGGCUUUACCCAGAAGUCCUACCUUAUCACACAUCAAAGGACACACUCAGGAGUGAAACCAUUUGUUUGCAAGGAGUGUGGGCAAGCAUUUACCCAGAAGUCAUAUCUCAUCAUACACCAGAGGACACAUUCAGGGGAGAAGCCUUAUGUUUGCAAGGAAUGUGGACAAGGCUUUUCUCAGAAGUCAAACCUCAUUACCCACCAGAGGAUACACUCAGGGGAGAAGCCUUAUGUUUGCAAGGAGUGUGGGCAAGGCUUUACACAUAAGUCAGGUCUCAUCAGACAUCAGAGGACACAUGUAGGCAUGUUGCACCUCUCUGACCAGCAGGAAAGUGCCUGGCGAUGGAAUGCACUAAAGACUUUAGUCAGUCCCGAGGUCCAGACAAAGCUGCACUUCACCAAGAUAGUCAUUUGA